GUUACAUCACCUGAAAAGCAGCGAGCUGGCUAAAGGCCGUUCAGGAAGAUCUGUGUGUCAGAAUCAGAGGAACCAAUUACACUCUGAGACUUCCAACAACUUAUUUCAACAGUUUCGUUUUAAUCAGAAGACAAAUCCAACACACAUGUCAAGUCAACAAUAAAUUACGUUCAUGUAAAGAAGAUUUAAUAUCCUUUAUGUAUUUCCACCUCAGUUUUUGUAUUGCACAAGUGUCUGUAGCAGAUAUAAGUUGUAUGCUGUUUCAGUUCCUCCGGAGAGUUUCUGGAUGACAAGUCCGAGAGUGCAUCACUAGGGAAGUCCACUGCCGGACAGCGAGCUGUUAUCUUAGUUGAGUUAAAUCGGAGUUAAUGCUGCACAGUUUGGACCGUGAGAGUCUGUGUGCGUCCACUGAGAAAUGAAGCUGUCAUUCUUGUUGUUGCUGCUGGCCCUGCUGGCUCUGUCCUCAGCCAUUUUUCAGGACAUUUUGAAGCAAAGCUCACAGCACAGAAAAGUCUCCUUGCUGAAGCCAACAUGUCAAUCUCCUCCUUUCUCCUCCAUAUCUGAUUGUAAUGCCAAACUGAAAUGGCAGACCUGGACCGGCUCUCUCUCUGACAAAGCAGUUUCAAUUUACAACAGUUAUGAUAAACGCACCGACUACAUCUGCAAAUUCGAGUGCCAUGCCGGCUUCUACUGCCCUUACUUGGACUCUUACUGUCACUAUGCCUAUGCAGACAAAGAGUAUCGUGACUCCCAGUUUGAGAUUCUUGUGAAUGAAGACGACUUUGAGAUCCUGCAGUGGAGGGAGGGUUCCUAUGGUUCUGUACCCCCAAAUUCAAUCAGAACCUGUUAUAGUGAUGAAAUCUAUGUAGGAAAGAACGAGUACGGUCUUGGGAAGGUGCAUCCUAAACACCAGGCCUUCUUCCUUGCCUGGGGAGGUAACGAGUAUUGGUACAAAAAUUACGAGGUCCUGACCAUCAAUAAGGAUGUUGAGAGUGAGCAAAUCUCCAAUGUCAAGUACAACAUUAAUGAAGCUGAAAUCGUCCAGUAUCUUCCAGAGACCAUGCAGAGCUCUGUGAUCACCAACAAUGAGUGUGAUUCUGUGAUGAAAACAGCUACUUUCUCAAAGACAAGUCGGGUAGAGAGAAGGUGGGAUGUCGGCUCUUCCCGUAUGUUUGGUAUCAGGACGACCUUCACUGCAGGAAUCCCCAGCAUUGUAUCUGGAAGUAUAGAGAUCAGCGCUCAGGUGACAUUUCAGUUCUCAGAAGGACAAACGUACAGUGAAGAGACCUCCCGCUCUGUUUCUGUGCAGCUCACGGUCCCACCAAACCACUACUGCGAAACCCGUAUGGUGGGACAUAAGUACAAGAUAAACAUCCCCUUCACUGCACAACUCAGCCGCACCUACAGAAACGGAGAAAAAACAAGGACACUGAUCACUGGGAUGUAUGACGCCACUGACAUUGGAGAAGUCAGGAUGGUGGUUGAGCGAUGUAAACCUGUAACUAACGCUAAACGGUGCCCCUAAAAGACACCAUAAGAUAUUUACAGGAUUCUUUGAAAAUCUUUGAAAAAUUGUUGUUUUUAAUCUUGUUCCUACAGUUGGAUGUUUGA